UUUGGGUCCUGUCCGACAAAGCCCCAGCUAUGAUCGCUUCCAUCCUGGGACCGUGUUGAGCAGUCUCCUCGUUCGCUCUCGUCCAUCCUAUCCAAGUGUGACGGGGUUCCGCUUUUGCUCUCGGUAUUAUCGGACCGGCAGUGAUCCUCUUGACCUGUCCUCUCUAGGACAGGAGCUGGCAACCUCGAGAGCUCCUUUGCCUUGCUGCCCGCCAUAUGUUUUACAACUUAUGCCAGCUCUCAUACCGUCUCCUAAGUAUUCAGUUUUACGACAGAGACGGCAUUCGUCUCUUUUGACACAGUCAUCAUUCUCGAUCUCCGCUUCGAGCAUGCCCUAUGGCUCAUCCGGCGGCAGGCGGGGACGACUACCCGCCGUUCCCUCCCCUUGGCGGUUACCACCAUCCGGUCAAGAGGCGCAUCCCCGAUACCGUCGACGAUGACGACCACCGCCACCUCUGGCACAAAAGACCGAAAUAUACGCAGCCUGCCCAGUUCGCUGAACCGGUCGCCUACAAAGCAGUGGAUGAGCCGCUUCUCAGCUACACACCUCUUUACCAGCCUCGACCGCAUCAUGUACCCCAUCGAUACCCCUCCCCACUCCCUCACUUACCCUCCCCGGAACCGGCCGGUGGAGCGGCCCCGGCGAUGGAGCGAACCGCAUCAGGCCACUCUAUCCUCCCAGACCCCACCGAACGGUGUGCCUCAACCGAGCUGCUUGAAGACCACGAAGCCGCCCAGCGAGUCCGCGACCACCUGGCCUCCUUCCGGCGGCGCAACCCGGACUCCAAACACGAGCGCAUCCUCCGCAGCAUUAUCAACCCUCGCCCCCGCCGCCGCCGCCAUCAUCAUCAGCACCAUGGAUCGCAGCCCCUCCCAGCCGACACAGCAGAGGAGGAAGAUUAUCCGCUCGACAACGACGCACUCGAGUCCAUCUUCUCGGCCGCCAACGAGAUCUUCUUCAACGGCCGCCUCAGCCAGCGCGUCACAUGGGACUGGUCCCACUCGUCGAGCACUCGCUACGACAGCCGUGUGAUCGGCACGACCGCCCUGCGGCGCGCUGCCGCCAGCACGCGCGGGUUUGAGACGUUGAUCGUGCUCUCGUCGACGAUCCUGAGGGAUCCGCGGUUCAGUCGGCGGUUGCUAAUCAGCACCUUCCUGCAUGAGCUGAUCCACAGUUAUUUGUUCAUCUGCUGUGGGUUCAGGGCGCGCUGGUGCGGCGGGCAUACGCCCGGUUUCAGGGAAAUUGCGGGGGUUAUUGAUGAGUGGAUUGGUGAGGGGAGCGGGUUGUUUCUGAGUCGCGUGGAGGCGGACUUGGAGUUGUUCAGGAUUGGCAGAUGUAGACAUGAUCAGGAGGCGGAUGGUGGUGGGUUUGGCAUGGAGAGGGGAAAUGCGAACAGCGAGGAGCAGGAGCUUGGGAGAGCCGUUCACGUUUAUCCUUGCUCGGGAAUGGUGGCUGAACAGGACGAGUAUGCCGUCGACGUCGCGGCUACUCCGCCAACACCCCAGGAGGUGGUGUCGACCACGUACUUCGGGAGAGGCACCUUUCCGCGUUCCCCACCGGGUCCUGCACCCCACGAGGUGGUGCAGUUCUACAACGACCGCCCUGUCAGCCGUGACGGCGGCGGCAGAAAUACCCCCGGGUGGAGGCAGCAGCACCGGGCUGUCCGUCCUCUCUACGUCUACACCGGCGCCGAGCCAAUGGUGCCAUACGUUUAUCCGAACGGGAUGCUGCAGAAGCCUUGAUGUCAUCACCGGGCUUCUGGCCAUCUUCUUGUUUAUUCCUCCUUUUCGUCUCUUUUGUCUUGAAGCGCUGCAUGGUGUUGCAUGGGUGGGAGGCUGGGCUCCUUGCAUGGCGAUG